AGUCUUCGUGUGGCUGUCAAAGCGGCAAGAUCAACUUGAGUUCUCCCCCAGGGAGAUUUAUUUUUAAUAAAAAAAAAUUAAUUUUUUAAUUACGGGUUUUGUGACAGAAAUUACGAAUCUCGAGGUGCGAUAAUCAGAAACAAAAACGGUGAAGUAAAUUUUGAAAAAAAAAAAACUCCAACGACAUGACUUGUCAACGUAGGUCUACGUUGUGUCUCUUGCUGGUCUUUAUGCAAAUAUUUGCAUGCUGUCGGGCAGAAGGCAAAUAUACCGUUAUCGCACCCGGUACCAUUCACUCGAAUGACAAAUACACCGCUGCAGUUGCGGUCCACAAUCUGGCAGAGCCAUGCCAAAUAAAGGUGGGCAUCACCGGCCCCUCAUUCAACGAAAGCAAAACGGUCGAGGUCAAGGGUUCGGAAAUCAAAGAAGUUGACUUUGCCGUACCCACCCUCGUCGAGGGUAAAUACAAUCUCACCGCUGAGGGUUUGAAUUGUUUGGAGAAUUUCAAAAAUACCACCAAAUUGGAUUUUGCCAAAUUCGAGACAUAUGUUCGCCUACAGACCGACAAGGGUCUGUACAAGCCUGGAGAUGUUAUCAAUUAUCGCGUUUUGUUUUUGGACAAAGAUCUGAGACCAGGUAAAGCUGAGCCAGAUACAGUGCUAUGGUUCGAAGAUGGCAAGCGAAAUCGCAUUAAGGAACUGAAGAAUUUGGAAGUGGUGAAGGGUGUACAUACGGGACAUUUUCAGAUUUCCGAAUUCCCUGUAAUGGGUAAUUGGCGUUUGGUUGUGUCCAGCAAGGGUCACUAUGAUCGUGCCGUGUAUUUUGAGGUCCAGAAAUAUGUCCUACCCAAAUAUGUGGUCAAGGCCGAGGCAACGGAAUCGGUUUCGGUUAAGGAUGGUGAUAUGCAGGUCGUUGUAAGGGCCAACUACACCUACGGCAAACCCCUGAACGGCAAGGCCACCGUAAUUCUGACCCUGGGCUCCUACUACGACUUCGGACGCAGUAUGGAUGAUGAGAAAAAACAACCGCCUAGCAUUAUUCGCACCGCCGACAUGAUCCAAGGCAAGGCCAAGAUCGAUAUGAAUGUCAAGCAAUUGGAGGCCUAUUUGCACAGCAAAGAAUACUCCACCUAUGCCACUAUUGUGGCCACCGUGGAGGAAGAAUUCACGGGGGUGAAAAUCAACACCACCGCCAGUACCCAAAUCUAUCCCUAUCGCUAUGCCAUGCACUGUGUCCAUUAUUACGAAUGUAAUUCCUUUGAGGCGGAUAAGGAAAAGGAGGUUAUGAUCCAGUUGACCUAUGUGGAUGGUAGCCAUUUGAAGGAUACCAAGACCCCAGUGGAAUUGGUCUACACGGAAGUUUUGGAAAAGAAUUCAUGGCAUCAGCCACGUCACAUGGAUAGCGGUGAGGAGGUGACGACCACCCUUAUGCCACCGGUGGGGGAGAAUCGUACCUUCUCCUUUAAGGGUUUCAUGAAUGAAACCGGUUUUGUGACCUUCAAGGUUAAGUUGAGCGAUCUGAAGGAAUAUGAAGGCUAUAGCCAUUAUUAUAACAUUGAGGCCCUGUAUCGCGAUGAGAAACGUGACGUCAACAAUGCCUAUCAAUAUCGUGAGCCCAAGAAGGUGGAUACCCCCGAAGAGAAGUUGCCCAAGGAUUGGUUUAAAUUGGAGGAUAGAUACUACAAUAAUCGUCCCAAGCUAUUCCACGAGGAACACUUCACCGUCAACUCCAGCAAACCCCUGGCCUAUUUGGACUUUAAUGUUGUGGCGCGCGGCAAUAUCAUCAAGUCGGGCCACAUUGAUUUGCCCAACAAACCCAUGGUUCACAAUAUCAGUUUUACACCCGAUUUGGUCUGCUCGCCAAGAUUCUCGGUCUAUGUCUACUAUGUCGAUGCUGAGGGUGAAUAUCAUUAUGCUGAAGAUACCUAUUAUAUUGAUUAUGAGCUGGAAAAUAAGAUCAACAUCACGGCCGCCGAACAAGUCAAGCCAGGCCAGGAAGUUGCCUUAAAAAUCAAAACCGCUCCCAAUUCCUUUGUCGGUCUUAUGGCUGUGGAUCAAAGUGUGCUGUUGCUGAGAUCCAACAACGAUAUUCGGCCCACGGAAUUCGGCUGGACUGUGGGCUCAUAUGUUACACGUACCCCUCAUCAGGGUGGCUACUCCUACUACCCCGGCACCAUUGUGGGCUGUGUUACCCUAACGAAUGCCGAUUAUUUCUAUAACUGGACCAAGCCGGAAUAUAUGACAAUAGUGCCAUUUGCCGCUGUGGAGCGUAAUGAUCUAUCCCAAGAUUUUGUACCACAGACAGGAUCGGGCACCCGGGCCGGUCAUCCACCCAUGGUGGCCAGUGCUGCCGCUGGUGGUUUUGGUGGGGCGGCUGCUGAUUCCUUUGGUGGCAGUGGACCUAUUCAGGUGCGCAAGGAUUUCGCCGAGACCUGGAUCUUUGAUAACAUUGAAAAUACCGACAAGGAAGAAUUCACCUGGUCCAAAAAAAUACCCGACACCAUUACCUCCUGGAUGGUGAGUGGCUUUGCCAUGAACAGCGAAAAGGGUCUGGCCGUGACAGGGGAUAAAACCAAAAUCACCACCUUCCAACCCUUCUUCAUAUCGGUGCGUCUACCCUACUCUGUCAAGCGUGGCGAGGUCAUUAACAUCCCAGCCCUGGUAUUUAAUUACUUGGACAAAACCCUCGACGUUGAGGUCACCCUGGACAAUGCCGAUGAUGAAUUUGAAUUUACCGAAGUCAAUAACGAAGUGAUUGGCGAUCAAAAACGCAGUAAAAUGGUGCGCGUUCCAGCCAUGGGUGCAGCGGGUGUGGCAUUUAUGAUCCGCCCCAAAGUUUUGGGUAAUGUAAUGUUGAAAUACACUGCCGUCUCCCCGGUGGCCGGUGAUGCUGUGCACAAGUCAAUGAAGGUGGUGCCGGAGGGUGUCACCAAAUAUGGCAAUCGGGCGUAUUUUGUCAAUCUCAACAAGGAAUCGGAAAUGAAGGCUUCGUUUGAGCUGGAAUUGCCCGCAGAGAUUAUACCCGACUCCCAACAUGUUGAGGUGGGAGUUGUGGGAGAUAUCCUGGGACCCGUGGUCAAUAAUUUGGAUAAUUUAGUGCGCCUUCCCACGGGCUGUGGCGAACAGACCAUGUCCACUUUGCUGCCGAAUUAUUUGGUCAUGAAAUAUUUGGAGAACACCAAACGCCUCACCCCCACCAUGGAAACCAAGCUGCGCUACAACAUGGAAAAUGGUUACCAACACAUGCUAAACUAUCGCCAUCCCGAUGGCUCGUUCAGCUCCUUUGGACCGCAUAAAAUCGAUGGACAACCCAACAAUGGUUCCACCUGGCUGACAGCCUAUGUGGCCCGUUCCCUGCUCCAGCUGGAAGACUACAUUAAAGUGGACUCCAAGGUCAUUGAAAAGGCCCUAGAAUAUUUGGCCCAACAACAGGCCCAGAAUGGCUCGUUUAGCGAAAAAUCUCAAGGCUUCUUCUACAGAUCUCAGGCCAAUCAUGUCUCGUUGACCAGUACCGUCCUGCUGGCCUUGUUGGAAAACAAAACCUAUGCCGAAAAAUACUCCGCCCACAUUCAAAAGGCUUUGAAUUACAUCAGUGAAAAUUCCGACAAAGAAGAGUCACUGCAUGCCCAGGCCAUUGCCACCUAUACCCUGGACAAGGCCCAACAUGCCAAGGCUGGGGAGAAAUUGGCAAAACUGAAUUCUUUGGUGAAGACCGAUGGUGAUCGCAAAUGGUGGUCCAGCUCGAAUAAACCUCUGUCGCGCAGAUGGUGGCUCUAUGUCUACAGCAGUGAUGUGGAAAUCAGUUCCUAUGCCCUACUCACGCUCCUAAAUCAACCCACACCCAAUCUGGAUGAAGUUCUGCCCAUUAUCAGAUGGCUCAUUGCCCAGCGUAAUAGCUAUGGUGGCUUCUCCUCGACCCAGGAUACCGUGGUGGGCUUACAGGCUCUGAUACAAUUUGCCAAAUUGGCCGAUUACGAACCAGCCAAAAUGGUGGUCAAUGUAGCCUCCAAGGGCGGUGACAAGGAGAAACAGGAAACUCUUAAUUUGACCGAGGAGAAUGAUAUACUCUAUCAAAAUGUGGAGAUGCCCGACAAAACCAAAUCCAUUGACUUCACCGCCAAGGGCACCGGUACCGCCAUGGUCCAGGUGGCCUAUCAAUACAACAUUUUGGAAAAGGAACAGCCCAGCUUCACAAUAACCACGGAAAAGCAACAGACUGCCCAAAAAUCGGCGCUGCUCAUAAAUGUCUGUGUUGAGUACACAGGCGAGGGAGAAGCCUCUAAUAUGGCCGUUUUGGAAAUUAACACCCCAUCCGGUUAUGUUGUGGAGGACGAGAGCCUGGCCGCCAUCAAGGAGGUCAAGAGAGUUAGUAACGUUGAACUGAAAAAUGCCAACUCCCUGCUGGUCAUUUACUUCGAUCAUCUGUACAAGGAUCAAAAGACUUGCAUCCUCUACGAGGCCAUUCGAGCCCAUGCUGUCGCUUUACAAAAGCCUGCCCCUAUCAAGGUCUACGACUACUACGAUUCGAAUAAAAAGGCAACCGAUUUUUAUGAAAUCGAAACCAAACUCUGUGAUAUCUGCGAAGGGGAAGAGGAGUGCAGCAAAUGCAAGUGAAUCGAAUCUGUGGAA